CGUUGUUCAAUGACAGAUCUAUGUGCCCCUUGCUUCAAUGAGACCAGCCAUUCGGGAAGUUUCGAUUCUAGCCGAUUACUUCACUGGAAGGUAGAUCACGAUGAUGGGACCGAUGAUGGCUCAUUACGUUCAUCUUCUGUUAGCUCCGGCAUGACUAUCAGCUCCAGCCUUGCCGGCGGUCUUGCCUGCUAUCUCCUACCAAGUCUAGUGCUCCUCUUUUCCACUAUUCGCUUUUUACGCCGCACUAUCCAUGUAUCUUCGGAACCUCUGCUACACACUGCCUACUCAGCCAGUCGCGAUCGGCUUGCUGCCCUCUUUAUCCUGACUACUGGUCUCCUCUUGCUCGGCCUUGGUAUUUCGGCUGAUUUUCACCGCUCCAGUUCCACAACCUCUUCUAGCUCACCGGUCUCUACAACUGCUUUCAUUCCAAAUCCGAUUCUCUAUGAAAUUUCCACUGAGACCAAAGGCUAUAAUUCCUAUAUUAGAACUGACUCGGUUUUAGGAGCAAGUCAAAAGUUGACUGAAAAUCCUAUAAAAAGGAUGAACUCUUCUGAUCUUUAUCACAAUCAAAGUCGCCAAAGCGACACAACUCUCGGUUUAUAUAAGGAUAUCGAAAAUCAGUUCAACCAGACACAUAUCAGGGCAAAUCAGAAUCUUUCUUCAAAGCAUUUGCCUAUUCCCGUUUCAAAUGUCCCCUCUUUUGGUAGAAAUCUUAAACACGCUGCUACACCUAUUCUCACAUUUAAUAAUUCUAGUCAAAUUGAAUACGACAUUGCUAAGUCAAACAAUGAAACAAAACGUCUAAAUGAAGACUAUGAAAGGGAACCUAUGAGGGCAAAAGCAAAUAACUCCUUAGCCCUUGGUGGAGGGUCAAAGUUAAGUCCUAAAAAGAAUGUUCAUCUGCGCCAUGUUCUAGAAUCAAGGACUCUACACAUUCCCAAGACGAUCACAAACAACGUCCUUGGAAGCAUGAGGGCGUCUGUCAAUGAGCCACCAGCAGUAGAAUCGUUUGAGCAACCGGAGCAUGCUGUGCGAACAAUCAAAUUACAGAACCUGGUUGUGGCAGAUUCGGCUUCUGUCACAAAAGCCGCAAUCUUCUUGACUAAUUCUAAAGUUUUUAAUGUCACUGUCGCCAAUGUUCGUGCAAUAUCUCCUCAGGCCUGA